GUGGUCGCCUUGCCUGGCGGCGUCGGGGGCGUGGAGGUCGAGAUCGCCGCCCCGCCGACGCUCGAGCAGGAGGAGGCCAGCGCCCCCGCUGUGCCGCGGCUGCGCAACCUGCUGCACUUCGAUGCGGAUCCGCACCACGAGCACAAGGUGUUGUCUGAUGUCUCGCUGUACCGGUGGAACGACGAAGAACGCUUGGUGAGCGAAGUCCACCAGUGCUAUGAGUGGCCCGUGUACGACGUGCUGAAAGUGUCCAGUGACGUCACCCAGACCCUGCCCCGCAACGGCUUCAGUGACAACGAAACGCCCCAGACGCCCAUUGCCGAGAUGUUCGGGUGCAGGACCUCCUACGAAGUUGUCUCCAAACUGUGCAGGGUGGUCGACGCGGAGCGGAUGUCGACUGCAUUCAGCGGCAUCGACGCUCCUGGGAUGGCCGCCGCCUUGAUCGGCCGGGCGCUCGUGUCCGUCAGCCGCGACAUCUACGCUGGCCAGGGCGGCCUUGCCAUCCCGCGGCCGAUGGUGAAGCACACUCACGCCAUCGAGUGGGACGCGGAAUGCCAGGCGGAGCUCCUCUCGUCCCACGUGCACUCCCCGUGCUGCUGCUUCCGGAACAUCAGGGAGUUCUAUGCAGGCAGCAUUCAACCGUGGGCUUGCAGGGUCGAAAAGCAGUGCAAGAACUCGAAGCGCGGUGUCAAGGGCGUCUACGAGGCCAUUGUCAAAGCU